AUGAGCUACAGGCCCUAUCACGGUCAGGGCCAGCAGGGCCAGCAGCAGCCGCUGCCGACACAGGGCAUGAAUUCAUCUCCGUCAUACGUCGGCGGCGGCGGCGGAUAUCAACAGUUUUCGAGUCCACAACAACAGCAGCAGUUCUACUCGAUGCCUCAGCAACAGCAGCAGGGGCAGCAGUCAUAUAUGCCGACACAUGCCCAGCAGCAGAUGGCGCAGUUUGGGGGGAUGCCCACGGCGGCGUAUCAGGGAUACGAGACCAACAACCAGGCGUUUGGAGGGCAUCAGAUGCAAGCAGCUGCCGCGCAGUAUGUCCCGCCGCCUAAUGUGUGGCAACAACAGCAGCAACAGUCGCCUGGGGGUCAGGGCAUGAUGUUCCAGCAACAAUUUCAGCAACCGCAUCAUCAGCAGAUGUAUCAGCGGCCUGUCGCUUCGCCGCAGCAGCAGCGCUUUCAACAACAGAGUCAGGUUCCUUCACCGCGACAGAGGACACCAUCAAUUCCCCAGAGCCAAGGAUAUCGAUUGCCGCAACCCCAACAGCAGACCCAGCAGUACACGCAGCAACAGCAACAACAUCUGCAACAACAACAACAGCAGCAACAGCGCCAGCAAUAUCAGCACCAGCAACAGCGACAGAGCCAUGUCCAGCAGCAGGCUCAAAUACCCGUCUCCCAGCCGUCGCCGCAACCUGCUCGAAAGCAAUCUCAGCCACAAAUACAACAGCAGCGGCAGCAACCCGUUCAACAGCCACCACCUCAGUCCUUUCAGCAGCAGCCACAACAAACUACCCAGCGACCUGUCCAAGAUGCUGCUCCUGAGCCUACUCCCGAGCCUGUGCAGCAUCACCGACCUCCCCAACCUGAACCACAGCAAAUGCACUAUGUGAAUUUGCAGGAUAUUCAACAACUACCACCUCUCCCUCCAGUCACAAUGGGAAACCUACAGAGCUCUUCAAGGCAUGAACCCCCCAAAGCUCAGCCGCCGCAACAGGACACUAUCACUGUGACACCCAUGGAGGUGAUGCUGGGAAGUCCACAGUCUCAACAUCUCCCUCCGCCUCAACCACAACCUCAAACACACCAACAAAGGCCUGGCGCUGCCACACCUCGAAUAAAACCCAGUCCGCUUUCGUCCGUUGGCAACUCCCCGGCUCUGACUGCGCGCUCUCCGAGCCUCACCAAGAAGUCGCCGGCCACCACACCAAAGGCUCGACCGCCGGAGACUGUCCAUAUCAUGGUGGCGGUGGCCGAGGAGUGCUUCGACAAGGCUCGCGCUUCCGUCCACGAUGUCGCCAUGUCUCUGAGUGAUACCCACGUAGAGGAGUACCAGAAACUGAUAUCCACGGGCCUGGCAUGUUUGGAGGCAUCAUUACAGGGCGGCCGGCUAUCCCCCCGUCAAGAGGCGAGGAUGCGACUACGAUACGCCGCUGUACUGUUAGAAGAGACGGAGAAUUUGAUGGAGGCUGAGACAGCGCUCGCCAAGGGCAUCUCCCUGUGUGAAAAGCACCGCAUGUCUGAUCUUAAGUAUUGUAUGCAGUAUAUCCAGUUGAAGCUAUUGUUCCAGCGAACCCAUAAGGCUGCCCUGACAGCCGUCGACCGCCAUAUCGCGGACUGCGAGACAUAUAAACACGUACACUGGGCAUAUGCGUUCAGGCUACUGAAGAAUUCGUUCUACAUGGAAGUCGGCCAGACCGCUGACGCCAGCGCCCUCGAAAACAUCCGCUCCAUCCAGGUCCUGGCCAACUCACGCGGUGACAAUGCCAUCAGCGCCUUCGCUUCUCUCCUUGAAGGGCUCACCCUCCUCAAGGCGUCCAAAGACGGCAGCAUCGAAAAGGUGCAGCAGUGCAUCGCCCAGGCAGCCAAGUUCCAGUUUGACCCGUCGGUCCACAUCAUGCAGCUCGAUAUGCUCAUGUUGCUCCUCGACCUCGCCUCGAGCAUCAACCAUCAGAGCCCAGACGUGACGACCCAGAAGAUGCGGGCGGUGCAGAAUCGGCUGGACGAGUGCGGCGACUGGCAUAACGUGAAGUCGGACUUUCUCAUCCCCGUCAAGAAGCAGCCCUCGACGGCGCACACCAUCAGCAGCGAUACAGCCGCCAUUAUCCGUCAUGGAGAUGGAGAUGCCGGGCCUGUGGAUUACUUGGUGAUGUCGUUUAUGACCAAGAUUGAGCUGACUUCUCUUGUUUUCACCUUUAGCGGUUUGGCGAACUUGCACAAGACAUCUCAAUCUCAACUUGUUCGUCGACCCGCCUCCGAUUUCUGGCGAGAGGGCCUGAAGAUUCUUGAUUCUUGGGACAACACUACUGCCGGAAUUCGCUAUGGUCCUUCUGUCUCACUACAAGAGGCCAUUCAACAACGCGAAUGGCGCAUGGAGGCUCAAGCAUACCUCAACAUCUUGCUCGGCCUGUUCACGGCUAGUCACUGCCAAUGGGACAAGGUGAAACAAUUCAUCGUCAAGCUUGAAACUCUUAUUACUCCAUCCACGCAGGGCAUCCUCAGGCUACUAGCCAUCUACCUAUCUGGUGUCUAUCACCAGGGCACAGGAGACCUCCAGACCGCCCUCGACAUCUUCCGAGCCCCUUCGUUCGACAUUGCUCAGCGCGGGACCGGCGUCAAGGCGGCGCAUCGAGAGCUGGCCAUGCUUGCCGGCCUCAACAGGCUUUGGAUUAUGCAGCACCACUCGCAGCGGGAUGACCAAGAGACCCUUGACUUGAUGGAGCAGCUGCAGCCCCUUUGCUCGAGCCAUCACAAUGUCGAUCUGCGCACGGCUUGGCACAACGUCAUGGCUGCCAUCACCACGGAUCCUCCACAGCAGCUCAACCAACAGAAGCAACACAUCCAAGCUGCCAUGGGCGGGUCCAAGUCCACUAAUAAUGUGCUGGGCGCCGCCGUGACGCUUGCCAUCAUGCGAAACCGGCUGUUCGAGAACGUCAUUGGCGAGCAGGCUCUCAAGAGCGCACUGGCGGCAGCCAAGCAGGCGCAUCGCAGCGGCAACGUCCUAUGGCAGAGUGUCGCAGAUGGCAUGCUCGCGCAGUCGUACGAGGUUCAGGGCCAGCAUGAGGAAGCGGCUCGAGAAUGGGAGAAGGCGACGAUGGAGGCAGGGCAGGCAUUUUCAGGGCGUUGCUGA